AUGACAGCGUGGCGGCAGAACACGGGAGGGGGUCGGCUUCUCCAGUUCCAGCCGCCGGAGGCAGCCAUGAGGCCCCCCGUGGAGCCGCCGGGAGCUGCUUCCAGUCCACCGAAGAGGUGUUUACACGCCGGAACAUCUGCACUCCGUUUCCACGACUUGUUUGUAAACGCCGGACCACAAGCGGCGCUUCGCCACCAGCAGCAAGCAAGCAGCGCUCCUAGACCACAGAGGCAGCCGCAGUGGAGUCCCAACGCUACAACAACAACUACUACUACUACUACUACUACUACUACUUGCGGCGGCUGCCGCGGGGGCGGCGUUCCCGCCGCCUGGGGCCCCCAUCCGGUGUGCCGGCCGCCCCCAGGAGGCGGCCAAUCAGCGCCAAUCUUUGUUCCAAUCGCCGCCUUCCGGGACGCGCUGGUGGCGGAGGCUGGAGAACGCAGUCCGGACCUGAUUUUCUUUUUCCGCGCGUGCCGGCAGGUGCGGAACGCGACGGCGGUGUUCAUCAUCAACCUGUCGGUGUCGGACCUGUCCUUCUGCUGCUUCAACCUGCCGCUGGCCGCGUCGCUGUUCGCGCAGCGCGCCUGGACCCACGGCGACCUCCUCUGCCGGCUCUUCCCGCUCUUCCGCUACGCCCUCAUGGCCGUCUCGCUCUUCACCGUGCUCGCCAUCACCAUCAACCGAUACGUCAUGAUCGGACACCCCAGGCUCUACCCGAGGCUGUACCGGCGGCGGUGGCUGGCGCUGAUGGUGGCGUCCACGUGGCUGCUGGGCUUCGGCGCGCUGGUGCCCACGUGGCUCGGCGUCUGGGGCCGCUUCGGGCUCGACGACAAGGUGGGGUCGUGCACCAUCCUGCACGACCACAACGAGCGCACGCCCAAGGAGUUCCUCUUCAUCGUCGCCUUCGUCAUACCCUGCAUCGUCAUCGUGGUCUGUUACGCGCGCAUCUUCUACAUCGUGCGCAAGACGGCGCUCAAGUCGCGCGGCCCCCGCGGGGGCGGUUCCAGCGUGGCAGCCGCCUCCGCCAACAGCGGGGGCGGCACCGCCGCCUCCAGGAAGGCCGACGCCGCCCUCUCCUCCUCCGCAGCCAGGGCGCACGCCGUGCUGGAGAACGGCGCUGGAGCGGCGACGCGCUUGGAGACUGGCUCCAGGCCACUGCUGCUGGACGUGCCGAGGACAGCCCACGAGCCCUCCUCCUCCUCUGGCAUCGAUGUCAGCAAUGCGGGGAGCCUGUGCGACGAGGACGACACCGCAUCUGGGGGCGGGGCCGGGGUCGGCAGCCGCAGCGGGACGCCCACCUCCCUGAGCAGCCGUGGGGGCGGCAGGAGCUGCGGGGGCCGGCGGAGGCGGCGCUCCGGCAGGUCGCCGUCCGCCGUCGCGCUCAGCUCCGCACUCUGCCAGGUGGCAGCAGUGUUUGGCAGAGGGCGCGCACCCAGCGGCAGCCCCUGCUCCGUCCGCAGAUACAGCAACAACAACCUGGCCGCUGCACUGCCCACCAGCCCACCCGUCCCAGGGAAGAUGACGACGAAGGACAAGAAGCUGCUGAAAAUGAUCCUGGUGAUCUUUGCAUCAUUUGUGGUGUGCUACCUGCCCAUCACGGUCAGCAAGACAUUCCACUCAGUCACCAACCUGCACGGGCUCAACAUUGCUGGCUACAUCCUCAUCUACCUGUCCACAUGCAUAAACCCCAUCAUCUAUGUCGUCAUGAGCUCAGAGUACCGCCAGGCCUACAAAAACCUGCUCAUGUGCCGUGCCUCGUCUGGAGGUGGAGCGACACCCGGCGGAGGCGGUUCUGGGGCGGGGACGGGACAGCAGCCGCAGCGGCAGGACAACAACCUGAUGGAGCUGGCGGCGGCAGGGACAGCCGGCCGCUGCGGGUCACAGCGAGCAUGACGGUGACGCCGGAGGCCGUGGUGGCGACGGGGGCGCCACCCCCAUCCCCACAGGGAGCUCACGUCGGCUGCGGGCAGCGGCAGUGUGCGCAAGACUUAGUCGGCGUGGCCUCCCUGCAGUGGGUGAGGGACGG